UAGAAUCUUCGAAGGCCAAGGAAACACAUAUACCAGUAGGGGUAGUUGUUGAUCUCAACUCCUCAAUUGGAAGAAUGGCCAUUCGCUGCAUGAAAAUGGCUCAUGAUGACUUCUAUAAACACUAUUCUCAUUACCAAACAAGGCUUGAUCUUCGAACCAGGGAUUCUGAGAAUGAUGUUGUCAAAGCAGCAUCUGCAGCUUUCCAUUUGAUGACGAAUGAAAACGUGCAUGCAAUUAUUGGACCUUUAUUUUCGGAACAAGCGAGGUUCGUAAUACAACUUGGGCACAGAUAUCAGGUGCCCAUCGUCUCGUUUUCAGCCACAAGUCCAUCUCUCACUCCAAACAGAAGCAAAUUUUUCAUUAGGACAGCACAAGAUGAUUGCUCACAGGUGCGGGCUAUAGCUGCCAUUGUUGAAGCUUACGGAUGGCACGAAAUCAUCCCAAUCUACGAAGACACCGAGUAUGGCAAGGGUCUGAUCCCAUAUAUCACAGAUGCCUUGGAGAAAGUUAACACGCGAGUGCCGUACAGAAUUCCCAUCGAUCCAAAUUCUGAGGAAUAUGACAUUUUAGAUGAGUUGAAGAAGCUCAAUCAGAGUCGAAAAAGAAUAUUUCUUGUUCACAUGACUAGUCUUAUUGGUCCGAAAUUCUUCUCAGCAGUGAACAAGGCUGGAAUGAUGACGGAAGGGUAUGGGUGGAUAGUCACCGGUGGAUUAUCCAAUGUGUUAGACCCUUUGGCUCCGAAAGUGAUGGAUUCCAUGCAAGGUGUCUUAGGGGUAAGGCCGAGAUUGGAAAAGUCUAAAGGGCUUACAAUUUUCAGAAAUAGAUGGAAAGCUUCGUCAAUUAAAUCUGGUAAUGUGUCUUUUCCCCUAACCUUGUUUGGACUUUGGGCUUAUGACACAGUUUGGGCGAUAGCCAUGGCAGUAGAGUCCAAGUUUGCAAGUUCUAAGGGUAAUGAUACACUUAUAGAUAGAAUCCUAGAUACUAAAUUCGAAGGCCUCUCCGGGAAUUUCCAUUUAAGUGAAGGACAACUCGAAACCUUAGAGCUUGAAGUAUUCAAUGUGGUAGGACGCAAGGAGAGGGUUAUUGGAUAUUGGAGCCCACAGCGAGGACUAUUCCACAACAAUCAUUUGAGUUCAAGAUUGAAACUAAUGCCACCAAUAUGGCCGGGGGACGUAAUAAAUCAACCAACCAAGUUGAGAAUUGGGGUCCCAGUAAGAAAGGGCUUUAAUGAAUUUUUGAAGGUGGAAACACGCCCUUCAAAUAGUACUCCAGAUGUUUCUGGCUUUACCAUUGAUGUGUUUAACGAAGUGCUCAAUGCUUUACCUUUUCCUUUUCCAUAUGAGUUCCUCGCAUUCCAGAAGAAGAAUGGAGAAAGUACUGAGUCUUAUGAUGAGCUUGUUCUUCAAAUUGAGAAAAAGGAGUAUGAUGCUGUGGUUGGGGACAUAACUAUUGUAGCUAAUCGUGCAGACCAUGUUGAUUUCACGCUGCCAUAUUCAGAAUCUGGCGUGUUAAUGGUUGUUUCGAUGAAGCACGAUGAGAGAGAAAAUAUGUGGAUCUUCUUAAAGCCUUUGAGUCCAGGUCUUUGGCUGACCACAGGUGCAGCCUUUGUCCUCACAGGUAUCAUUAUAUGGCUUCACGAACGUCGAACAAACACAGAAUUUCAAGGGUCCCCACAGCACCAACUUGGCAUCAUGUUCUGGUUUUCUUUCUCCACCAUAGUCUUUGCUCACAAGGAAAGAUUAGUGAACAAUUGGUCGCGUUUUGUUCUGAUCUUAUGGGUAUUUGUGGUGCUCAUCAUAACACAAAGUUACACCGCAAGUUUGGCUUCCAUGUUAACCGUACAAAGAUUGCAGCCUAAGUUCAUUGAUGUGAAUGAGAUAAGAAAGAAUAAUUACUGUGUGGGUUGA